AUGACUCUCCUGCACCUACUCAGCUAUGUAGGGGCGGCCUCGGCAUUCAUCUUUAUAACGUUGUCUCUAGCGAGCGGCUUGCUAUGGAUCUCAGAGCUCAUCGAGGAGCAUUCACGACUCGCCAAAGUGGUCGGACAGAGGGCUAUAUAUGCGAUCAUCUUGAUCCAUUUUCUACUAUGUUUCUACGACUCCCUUCCGCUGAAACAAAUCAUCUUCUCCGUCUUCUGCCACAUUGUCUACCUCCAGAACUUCACACCCACCUGGCCUUUUAUCUCACUGUCUUCGCCAAGCUUUCUCGGUUCAUGUGUCCUCGUCGUCGCAGACCACUUUCUCUGGUUCUUCUACUUCGCGCGGAUCACUCAAGAAGCAAGACAUAGAGCCCAACGCUCGUACCGUGGACCGCCUCCCUCUCAUGCUGUCCCAAACUUUGGCGACAUUGCGACCUUUUUUGGGGUCUGUGUGUGGCUCGCUCCCUUAUUUCUGUUUCUCAGUUUGAGCGCGAACGACAAUGCCUUGCCCAUGAAUGCCGGCGAUCAACCGCCUUCUCCAAGCAAGCCCACGUCCACUCAAAGCCGCCAAUCUCUCUUCAAGGCUUUGUACGACAUGCUCCCUGUAGAGUCCAUCCCCCGCCUCCGUCCCCGCACACGUCGUCGAGAGACUACCGAGGGAAUUCUGGCCCCACGGUCCCCAUCGGCCGUUCACCCGGUCUCCCCUGGACUCGGGCCCGUCACUGGCAUGAACCUCCCAUCACCACUGCUUGCUCCCCGUCGUGUUUCCAGCGACACCUACCAAUCACUAUCAAGGCCAAGUUCCCCGUCAGGAUUCAGCUUGAGUGCUCCACCAAAGCGAGCGACCGUUGACAACUCGUCAAGAGAGACCGAGAACAAUGCGGGCAGGCGUGUGCAGAUGAGGAGUAGGACGUCGUACGGGCCGGGCCCCGGUUUGGAUUCAUAG